AUGUUUCCCAGACCUCUUCUCACAGUGCUAGCCCUCAUUCUUACCUCUCUUGCCUCCGCAUCCGACAUCGAACUCAACCCCGAAGACCGUCUCGUGGCUCGCGGUAGUCCGCCGAAGUACGUCGAGAACAAAAUUUUAUGGUCUAAUGACGACGAUGGGGACAAAGAGUUCUGCAAAUCGCAUGAACCUCCCCAAAUUAACGAAGACGACCCUGACUGCGAUCUGUCACCCACAGACUGCUUGUUCCUCAGCCUUGGAUUUUGGACCGGUUUCCUCCACCCAAGGGGCACCUGGUUCCAGGUCUAUCGCGAGAGGCCCCAAAGUACCUCCAACCUCACUCAGGUCGCCAGUUACAGGUCCUGCGCCGUCUCUGUCGCUUUGCUGAACGGCCCUUCCGCCUCUGUCUCCAUUUUGGACAUCAUGAGCAAAUUCAGCCAAAAUUCAUCUGAACUGCGUUCAAGCUACGGCCAGAUAUGGUGUCCAGUCCUCCCGGACAUCGGCAGCGCAAGUCGUAUGGGGGUGGCGUGGCUAAUUGGCUGCCCUAAGGCGGGUGCCCCUGUCACAAUCCUUUCAGGUCUCACCAGCGGGUAG